AUGCUCAUAAAAAUCAAUUCAAACGAUAUCUGGUUACCUAUACAUUUCUACGAUGAAACUUUCAAUUUUCAACUGGUAUUAUCAAUCGUCGAGUUGUUUUCUUACCUUAUAUGUGCCUAUAUUCUAACUUUAAACAUUUAUAUAAUUCUGAAAAUUAAGAUGUUUCACCGCAAUUUGUAUAUUCUGGCGAUUCCUUUAUUUGGGAUUUGGUUUGAGCUUAUAAUUGGAAAAUUGAUUACUAUAGCUUAUCGGUUGAAAAUUUUGAAUCCAGGAUUUGAACUCGGCGUGCAUAUUGAAAUUUGGACCAGUGACCCAACGCGGAAGCUAAAAGUUGAAUCAGUAAAUGGUCUGGAAUUAUUGAUUUUUGGGGGUUUUCUGCAAUGGCACUACAUGUUUACUAUCAUAUUUGGAGUUCUUGCAAUUGCGGUGGAGAGGGUGGUUGCGUCGGUUUUGAUAGAAAACUACGAAUCCAACACUCAACUUUUUAUUCCUCUAUUUCUAACAGUUAUCUCUCAAUUUUUAUCAAUAUCCACAUCUCUUGCCCUACUCUUUCAAAAAGUUGGGCCAUUUCUAGCCCAGCUUCCUUGGAUUAUUUGUUGCCCAUUUUCUGCAAUGGCAUAUUUCUUUGUGAAAAAGUGCAAUGAAUCUUUUGAACGAGAGAUUAGAAAUCCAAGGAGACGCAGGCAUUUUUCGGUUUCCCAGCAAUUUCAGGUCAAGGAGAAUUUAAGAGCGUUAUAUCUUGGAACCCGGCUUGUCUUUGUCGUUUUAUCAUGCAUUGCUCUAUGUGGAAUCGGAAUUACUGCACUAUUUUAUGACCUAAUCCCCCCAUUUUGCUGUCAUUUUGUGGAGAACUUCCUGUUUUUACAUCCAUAUCUCAGCUGCCUGACUGCAAUUUUCAGCGUUCCCCAGUGGAAAAAUGAGUUCCGGGAAGUGUCGGUGCUUGGAAGAUGUUUGAAAAUUGGGAGACUGAAAAUUGAGUCUGAAAAUGCUAUGGAAAUUCAAGAUUCCACAAAAAAGAUGGGCACCGAGACGGAUUUGUAUUUCCAGCAAUUGGCAGAUUCGUGGAUUUGA